GUGUAUGAAAGCCAUGUGCGAGGCCACAGAGAGCCACAAGAAGCAGCUUUACGCACAGCAACACAAGUCAUUUUCGAUCAUAAACUGUCCUCUAAAAGAAGAGAUGUUGCUGCUGAAGACUUUUGCUCCCUGGCUGCUGCUGGCCUUUCUCGGGCAGCAGGUCUCUCUCUCCUCCGCUGCGCGCAACAAAAACCGAGACCGAGACAGGACGGUGACCACAGCGGCCCCCGACAGAGCGCAGAGGAGCGGCGACAAACCUGCAGCGAAAGCUCGUGGGAAGUUCUCCAAGAACAAGAUGCAAUGCACGUGGGGGGCGAAAGAUGUCGGGGACACGGUGAGGCUGACGGUGAAAUGCGAGGACCCGGUGGCGCGCGUCAAAGGCGGAGUCACCGAUCUGCAGUGUUUAUACAACGGCAAACCUCAGAGCUGCCCGGGAUACCGGUCCAACAACAAGGGCUUCUGGAAACAGGUGGGCCGCGCGCUCAAAAGACUGCAAGACAAAGCGUGCGAGGACGAGCGCGCGCUGGUGAAGGCUUCCAUGUGUAAGCGCGCACCCCGGGAUGCGCACUUCAAGCUGGACGUCUUCAGCUCUGUGGCCUCUGCUCAGUCCGGAGGAAUUGAUAAUACCCCCCCACCGCCGCCACCGCCUCGCGCCAACACCACAGCGUGCACGCGGCGCGCGGACCACCGGAAAACGGCUGAGGAGAAUUGCAGCGACUCGUGGGUCAGUGUGUGCAGUUUCUUUCUGUCCCUCCUGCAAAGUGACGACUGUUGACUCCAGAUGUCAGGAGGAUGUGGACACGAUCAGACUGAACACAGGAUUUAUUUUGUGCUUGUCAAACAGCAACAAAUCUUUCAUUUUUAGACAAUAAUAGUCAGCUUUUCUCUCCACAGUGUGCAUUAACCCUCUGAAAACUGAGGAAAUUUGCUUGAUUUCUUUAAAA